AUGACCUGGGGCACCUUCCCAUCCGGCCAAGAGACUACCUGGGGCCCUCCAAACGGUGGCAUCCCCCCGGACAUCAUGCAACCACCGCCUGCAGCAGGCUAUGUAAUCGCCAGAGAUGAGCGCGACCAACCCAUUUUCGAACCCAGAUGGGCUUCGGUGCCCACCACAACAUUCACGUAUACCCACGGCGGCAGAGUCGUCGGGAACCCGACAAACCCCUUCAUCGCCCUACCGCGCGGGCCCACCCCACCAGGCCAAUCCCAGGGACCACCUUACCUAUUUCUCCCACAGCAGCAGAUUGCCAGUCAAUUUCCACACUUGACACCUGCUCCUGCACCUGCUGCUGGUUCUAGUCCUGAUCCAUCCACUGCACCCGGUGGCCCAUCCGCGCCUACUCCCGCAGGUCCUCACCGGCCCGAGGCUUCUACAGCAACGCCCUGCGCAGGACCCGCCGCUCCAUCGCAGACCCAGGCUCCCACCGCUGUCCCUUCCGCUGGUGCCGGAGCCUUUCCAGGCAUGCCCCCGCCACAAAUGGUAUACGCCGUCCCGGGGAUGGAGAUUUUCACCACCCUCGAUGCACAGGGGAAUCUGCAAGUUUCUCUGCCAGGACCCCACUCGGCUGCGAACUUGCCGCAGGGGUUUUUGCACCUGGCGCGGCCGUCGUAA